ACAAAUUCUAAACUGUCAAAGUCAGAUGUUCACGUAAACAUUUCGUGUGUUGUGUUUUUCUUUUGUUGGAGGAAAAAGUGCAAAAUUUAUUAGGAAAAUCCGAGUUUUCUUAAGUUUUCAAGUGUUCAACUUCUUAUUAGUAGUGUUGGGCAAUAAAAGCUCUUGGAAAAAUGGAUCCAGCGCUACUGCGAGAGAGGGAGGCUUUCAAGAAGCGAGCCAUUGCUACUCCCACGGUGGAGAAAAAGAGUCGCCCUGAUGGAUCAUCCCAGCAGCGAGAUGAGAGCAAGAAGAAGGUUCGACCACCAAGCAAUGCCCCAAAGUUGGACAGUUCGAAUUACAAGACAAUGACCGGAAGCUCUCAGUAUCGUUUUGGUGUUUUGGCAAAGAUUGUAAAGCACAUGCGGACGAGACAUCAAGAUGGAGAUGAUCACCCAUUGACAUUGGAGGAGAUUCUUGAUGAGACAAAUCAACUGGAUAUUGGAUCCGGUGUCAAGAAUUGGCUCCAGAGUGAGGCUUUGGUAAAUAAUCCCAAAAUAGACGUUAUUGAUGGCAACAGAUUUGCCUUCAAACCCGUCUAUCGGAUUCGGGAUGGCAAGAGUUUGCUCAAAUUGCUCAAGCAGCACGAUUUGAAGGGACUGGGAGGGGUUUUGUUGGAAGAUGUUCAAGAAUCUCUGCCACAUUGUGAGAAAGCUCUCAAGAAUCGUGCCAGUGAGAUUGUUUAUAUCACCCGUCCGAUUGAUAAGAAGAAAAUCCUCUUUUACAACGAUAAAACGGCCAAUUUUGUUGUGGAUGAGGAAUUCCAGAAAUGCUGGAGAGCUGUUACAGUUGAUGCCAUGGACGAUGGGAAAAUCGAUGAAUAUCUCGAGAAGCAAGGUAUUCGGUCGAUGCAGGAUCACGGAAUUAAGAAGACAGUCAUUCCAAAGAGGAAGAAACCUCCAAAUAAGAAGAGACAAUUCAAGAAGCCCAGAGACAAUGAGCAUUUGGCUGAUGUUCUCGAGACGUAUGAGGAUAAUACGUUGACGCAGAAGGGGGCCAGUGCCAGUGGUUAGAUUAGCAAUCAGCGAGAUCAUUUGAUAAAAUGUAAAAGAAAAAGAGCAAAGGAAAAGAGGAAUUCAGAAUAAAAAUUUUGAUUAUGAGAUGACAA